AUGGUAAAUGUACUAGGACCUGAUGUUCAUGUCAAGAACAUUGGAAGGAUCCACUUCGUCCAGUUCGCUCCUGAGGGAGUGUUUGGUUGGAUUUUAAAAGACCCCUUGCUCAUUGAUUCUUUAGUAAGAGAACCAGUUAAAAUUCUGGAGAGAGAUUUCAGGAAGAAACGAAACGCUGAUCAAAAUGAGGUUUCCGAGCCUCUUCCACGGAUCCCAAAUCCCAUCGCAUGUCUGUCCCCAAAUGAUAUGCUCAUCUUUCAGCUCACCAUCAACCACACGGACCGCCACUACAGUCACUUCCCCGUGUACCAGAAGGAUCACCUGUUCAGCAGUAACCCUGGCUGGGAUUUUGGGGCAUUUAGACGCCUGCAGCAUCUUGUCAAACACACACAGCUAAAUUCCAGCAGAUUUGCGCAUGUGUUCCUGGAGCCGGGAAAGUAUGUGUUCCUGGAUAACGCAGUUCCUGACUGGAGUCUGAUAGUGGUCGUGAGUGAACAGGGCUCCGAGUGCAACCCCACAACAGCUGCAUUCCAGCCGACGACCCCUGCGCAGCUUGUGCGACACGGGAUUGUUAAACAACACAGUUUAAACCUGCUUCCAGACUGGGGGCUCAUCACAGGGAUCUUGUCUCUGUUGGUUUUGCUGAUAAUAGUGUUGACAGCCUCUGCUCUGGUCUUGAGGCCUAAUCGGUCCAACCUCAUCGCUCAAGGGAGGCCAAAGCCCAAGUGGCGCAGCUUGGGUGAACCCAGUGUUCCUAUUGAAUAUGUUUAUAAUACAGAAAGUGUGGACAGCUCUGAGGCACUAGGUCUGAGAGGGGAAGGAGAGGGAGCAGAAUCAGAGGAACCUGCUGUUUGCAAAGGAGGUUUCAGAACUACACUAAUGGAGCUGGAGGAGUUUAAUGUGAAAACGCUGUAUGACAAGUUAGAGGAUCAGAAUUUACAUCUGGCAUCCCAGCUGGCAAAGCACCGCAAAGACACACAGGAGUUUUACAGGAACAUCUGUCACCAAAUUGAUGCUCUGAGGGACACACUAGAAAAUAUGGAGCCCUCAAAACUGAACCAGCUGAAGAAAAUACUAGACAACGAAGUUCUGAUAAAAAGAGAAACUGCUCAUGAGCCGUGGAUGGGGCUGAUGGAGGCCGUGCUGAGAUCUUUGGAGGGAGUGCUGUGCAGAAUGAAUGGAGAGGUCUGGCAGCAACAGGACAGCACUGAAACAAACAGCCACAGAGACACUCGAGAGAGUGAACUUCACACCAGAUACACUCAGUUUUCUCCUGCAGACCUGUCAGAGUUUAAAGUGGGUGCAGAUACAGAGGCAGCUUCCACAGAUCCAGGUCAACAGCAGAGCACCAUCCCCUGCGUGAGUGAAGAGGAACUGGCCAAGUUUGUGUCUCUGACUCCUCUGUCCAAAACACUGCAGGAAAUAAAGGAAUCGCUCCAGACUCUCACCCACACGUCCGUCACAGAGGACGUAAUUAUCAGCCCAGCAGAGGGUGAACCAUCGCACCUGAUCCCUGUUGCCCUUGACAGCCUUUCCCCAAAGCAUUUUGCUGUCUUCCUGUUUGGCUGCCAUGUUGUGCGUUUACUGAGCAGAGCUUGUUCCUUCCCCUCUGUCGGGCUGCUUUUGGCCAGGACGGUGCCGGUCUCUCACUGUGAUAACCUGCUGGCCUACUGCCAUAAAGACUUUUAUUAUGACACAGCCAAUCAAAUUCUGUACAUCCUAGAGAAGAAGCUUCAAAAUGCUGGCCAGUUCAUCUCCAUUAUCUUACACUCAAUGGCCUUUAUCACCUCAGGCUCAAAAUCUCUUGAAUUCAUAAAAGCCUUCCACUUGGCCGUUUCGGCAUUAAGCAUGCAGUUGUUUCAUCACUCUUUCACUGAGGAUCAGAGGAAAGGAAAGAUGGAUGAGGAAAACACACCGGAGGCCUUUGGAACAUUAGUAGAAGACUUCUUCAGUGUAAAAAUACCUCCUGAAACGCAUUUCACUGAGCACCUGCUGGCAGAGAGACUUCAAGUUUAUAAAUACUUCAAGUUGGAACAGCUCCUCCAAGGACUUAAACCAACUCUAAGAGACAGACACGGAGAUGGACAAGGGCAAACUGGCCUAAAAACACAAGUCCCAGCGCUGUGUAUGGAAAGAGAAAUAAACAGACUUGAUGAAGUUUACCAGCAGUUCUCCUCUGAGCUCCACAGGGCCACACACAUACGCAGCCCACCGGAGAAGAAAGAGCCCAGGUUUGACAAACCGCUUCAGGAGCAGCAGGCGAUGCUGGAGCUGCAGAAGUGUACGGUGGAUCAGAGACUGAAGGAGAUGAGGGACAGAUUUUCUAAACUGAGCUCAAGCCAGCGAGCGAGUCCUAAUGAAGACAGACCGGCUCACAGCACACUCCUGGCACAGGAAGACAACCAGACUCCCAGCAAAUGCAAACCAGACAGUGGAGGAGAAGAGAAACAGACACCUGCUGCAGGACAGUCCAGAAACAAGAAGAAGCAGAGGGAGCAUAUGGACAAAGAUGAGGAAAAGGGUCUGACUGCGUGAGGAAUCAUGUUUGAAUAUAUUUCUUGUCUUAAAAACCAUUUAAUUCUUAAAGAUCUUACAAGUUACAAUCAUUUUAUCCAUUCAUUAUGACUGAAACGUGUGUGGCACAGUCAAAGCCAGUCUGAAGAUAUUUAAUGUUUAAUGCACAGUUAUGAUGAGCAGGGCGAGAUGAAAUAGAAACGGAAACCAAAAUGUCCUUUCAGUUGUCACUUGUAGAUGUCACAAGACAAAACUCACAUGGAGGAGUUGGAUUUAACAUUUAACACCCCUGGUUUAGAAGCAGUGUAAAGCUAUACAACUUAGCAAAUGUAGUCCCAACCUUAAAACCGUCAAUCUUUAGGUGUGUUUUUAAAUUUCCAUCAGUGUAUGCAUAUAUUUACACUACUGUUCAAACAUUUAGGACUGGUAAGAUUUUUAAAUGUUUUAGAAAGAAGAUGCAUUUAUUUGUUAAAAAAAAUAUGGUAAAAAAAAAACAAUAAUAAUGUGAAAUAUUAUUACAAUUUAAAAUACUGUUUACUAUUUGAAUACAUUUUAAAAUGUCAUUCCAGUCUUCAGUGUCACAUGAUCCUUUAGAAAUCAUUGUAAUAUCAAGAGACAUUUCUUAUAAUAAUCAGUGUUGAAAACAGUUAUAUUUGUGGAAACCGAGAUACAUUUUUGUUUGGGAUUCCUAAAAUGAACAUACAGUUCAAGAGCACAGCAUUUAUUUGAAGAAUUAGUGAUUACUGUCACUUUUGGUCAGUUUAAUGCAUCAUAUCUGAAUGAAAGUAUUCAUUUCUUUAAAAAAAAUCUUACUGACCUCAAACUUUUGAAUGUC